UGUUGCUGUUGCUGCCGCCGCUGCUGUCUGAGGAGGUGGCUCUGCUGUUCAGACCCAUCGCAGACUUUAAGUCAGAGACUGGCGGCCACGGCGACCCUCUCCCCGUCCUCCUCCCCCCCGCAGCGGAAUCCCGGAGCGCUGCGGGUUCCGUGCAAGAACAUCCUGUCUAACGCCAGGAGCGAGAACGCGCGGGCGCGAGCCCUCGGGAGAGCGGCAAACUACGCCCCUGGAAUGAUGGCAGAUGCAGUUCACUACAUCCACCUGCAGAACUUCAGUAAGUCUCUCUUGGAGACUCUGAAUGCUCAGCGUCUUGGAGGUCAUUUCUGUGAUGUCACCGUGCACAUCCACGAUGCGACCCUGCGGGCCCAUCGCUGUGUACUGGCUGCAGGGAGCCCCUUUUUCCAUGACAAGCUUCUCCUGGGUUAUUCAGAGAUUGAGGUUCCGCCAGUUGUUCCCACCCAGGUGGUUCAGCAGCUGGUGGAGUUUAUGUACAGCGGGUCGCUGGUCGUUGCCCAGUCGGAAGCACUACAGAUUUUGACAGCUGCCAGCAUCUUACAGAUUAAGACUGUUAUCGAUGAGUGCACACAGAUCAUAUCGCAGAGCAGAGGAAACAAGCCGGUGACUAUUGCUGGAGCGAUGGCGUCUUGUGGAACACAAAGCAGGUCUUCCAUGAAUAAAAUUCAAGAGCAGCCCAACAAGGAGGCCGACUGCCCAUCAGCCAUCGGCUUGAGAGAUUCCACUUGUUCAUUACCGUCUUCCAUGAGGUCCAAUGAGUUGGAUAUCAUCUCCCAGAUGGGGGCUGUCAGUGAGGCACCAAAGCUACUGUGCGCUUCCGAAGUGCGGUAUAAGUUAAGAGACAUGUUGUCAUCACAGCAAAGACAACUUUCAGAGGUGAGGGAGAUGGUGCCUGAGGUUGAACAUGUGUCUGAUGGCGAAAGCAUAUCAACUGCUUACUUACCGCAUGCGGAAGCACCACAGAGCUGCCACAGCCGCAAGCAGCGCCAACCUGUGCGCCUCCAACUGUCUGAUUCCGUCCCUGUCAUCAUAAAGGAUGAGGACGACGAAGACGAGGAAAAUGAAGAGAGUCCUGCAAAAGAAGAGAAUGAAGACGAGAAAGGAGGUGGCGUGUUCAGUGAGUGCAGCGGCGGAUUCACCAGCUGUGGAGAAAACGAUAAAAGCAGAAGCCCUGAUGACAAAGUGCGGAACGCCAGCAAUGGAAGGAAAGACUCUACAGGGCAAAUGGAAUUUUCCUCUGAGGGACAAGAUUUUUUCUCGAACCAGGAUGUGUUCUCAGAAUCCUUUAUACCUCCUUGGCAGAAUGAGGAGAACCUGGCAGAAGGAACCAGGGAGAAUCCAAUAGACAAUGGUGAGAAGUUCCGCUCUGACUGCAGUUUGGACGGCUCCAGCUUGAGGAAUUUGGCGGUGGUUGCUAGUUCUGACUUCAAGUCAAGUCCACCCUUUAACGCAAGAGUUGCUGAAACCAGGACACUGCCAUUUGUGGCUUCAGUCCUUCCCAGAGACCUUAAAAAUACAGUGUCUGCUGCAGUGGCGACCAGCUCAUCCAGCAUUUUCCAAUUCCACCUGACUCAUCCUAACCAGAAUCAGGCUGGAGUCACACAGGGCUUUUUCAGUGUCCAACAAGAUGGUGCAAGUAACGUAGUACAAAUGAACUCUAGUAUGGUCCCGGGAAACAUGCAGAAUGACCAGACACAGCGCCCUGGACCUUCCCGGAACCCAGAGCCUUCCUAUGUGUGCAGUCACUGCCAGAAAACCUUCAGUUCUAGGAAAAAUUACACCAAACACAUGUUCAUCCAUUCGGGUGAAAAGCCCCAUCAAUGUAGCAUCUGCUGGAGAUCCUUCUCAUUACGAGAUUACCUGCUCAAACACAUGGUGACCCACACUGGUGUCCGUGCUUUUCAGUGCUCUAUUUGCUGCAAGCGCUUCACCCAGAAGAGCUCACUGAACGUCCACAUGCGCACACAUCGGCCCGAGCGCUUCCAAUGCUGCUUCUGCAAUAAGUACUUUUCUCACCGUACUCUACUAGAGCGACACAUCGCCACUCAUACUGCUUGACCAGUGACCCUCAUCAUCCAAGUUUCAUUGACAAGGUCUAAUUUAAUGGGGCUUCUGCUUCCCAAUAGAUGGGGUUAUAGCCCAGGGCCAAUCUUGCCAAGAGCCAAGUUUUUGUUCAUAUUGCCCUAGUUCUGAAGGACCUCUCUUGAUUUUGAGGUUUUUAAAGUAUUUGAUAAAAUUUCAAAGCACUUAUCGCAUUGAAUCCAAAGCUGACUUAAUCGAAGAAAGGACACCGCCCCAUAUGCUGUAAACCAGUGGGAUCUUGUCUCACUUACAAUAUCAAGUUAAGGUCCAGAACGUUGAGUUUUGCUACAGACGACCAGUGAUCUGUAUGCCAAUAAGCAUGGAGCAACAUCAUCCAGCCUGGACCUGCAUUCCAAGAAGAACAUAGAUUCUAUGUUAUUUAUUUUACACACCGUCAAAGUUCUGGAUAUGGGUGGCAUUUACAGUUUAAUGAUGGAACAUGUGUUUUCAUACCCUUUUGAGAACCCAUGUAUUGGACAGUAUUGUGAGUUAAUGCCUACUUUAUCUUUAUAGUAUAAACUGGAGUGCCCCCCUACAGGGGUUCCCCAGGUACGUGGCUAGAAGUGUCCCCUGGUGCAUGACCUAUAAAGGUACAUUAAUGCUUGCUUAGACAAUAGAGAAGGUCUCCUUAACGUUACCAAUCUAUUCCCUUUGCAGGUACAUCCAUAGGUCUUAUUCCAGGAGAGACCAUUUUUUACUGCCAUAUGUUGUGGUAUUGGCCAACCCCUGUACCAUAAAGGUUCUGAAGAUUAUAUGGUUUCUGAAGGAUAGGACAUCAGAAUUUAUCUUCUAAACCAGGGACCAGAACAUGGUUCCCAAUUGAUCUAUCCAACUUGCACAAUAGCACCCUAUGUUUCAACUGUGAGGGUACAGCAAUGAUAAGGUUACUAGUGUCCCAUAGUACACAAGGUUUCUAUCAGAGGAAUGAAGACCAGGGACACUUACAUUUUCUAAUUUGUUUGUCUUGUAUAAUUUGUAUAUAGACUAUUUAACCACCUUAUAUAAUGUUUGUAUUUAUGAAAAUGUGUGUGACUUUGUGUCUGGUGUGUGUUAACCGUGUGUGUAUGUGUCUUAUCGCGUCACCUGCUUUAAAAGACGUUGCAUCAAUGGUAUUUGUAAGAAAUUUGUUUGUUAUACAGCACGAACCUUAU